AAGUCUUCCAAUCUCCAUUGUUUCAAGAAGUGCGAGAGACGUCCUGAGUAUAAAAAGAGAUGGAUUUUCCUAGGUCAACUUCAUUACAAUUGUUCACCUCUUAACUACUAAUUCAAGCCAAGAGUAUAAUAAAGUAGAGAAAAAUGGUCAAAUACGUGUGUGCCUUUUUGGUGGUCUGCCUUUGUGCAGUGGCUUUUGCUGCCGAGUUGCCAUUGAAGGAAGCCACCAGCCCCAAGACUAAGGAAGGAGGAGACUUGCAAACGGACAGCUCCGCAUUUUAUGGAUAUGCGCCAUACGGAAUUGGCUAUGGGUACGGCGGUUACGGUCUCGGUUACGGCGGAUAUGGUGGGUACGGCGGAUAUGGUGGGUACGGUGGGGGGUACGGCUUUGGGGGGUAUGGCUACCCUGGUUUUGGGGGCUAUGGAUUCGGAGGUUACUACAAAUAGGCCACACCCCAUUUGAGAAAGUUAUUUAAUUGUAUUUAAACCCUUCCCUUCCUUACUGCCUUCCUUCCUAACUUAACCUAAUUCCUUUCUCCUACAAAUGACCACAAACAAAAGUUAUUAGUCCAACUCUUUCCUUUCCUUUCAAAAUCUUCCAAAAGCUGCCAUUCUCGCUCCUCAUAAAUUUGUAACGCUCUUGUCAAAAGAAAUAUUCUUACAUUGAAAUAAUAAACGGAAACCAAUCUUUUUGUUCUAAACGUUA